AUGGCGGCCGGUCUCCAGGUGUUCGGGCAGCCGGCGUCGACGGACGUGGCCAGGGUGCUCACCUGCCUCUUCGAGAAGAACCUCGAGUUCGAGCUCGUCCGCAUCGACACCUUCAAGAGGGAGCACAAGCUGCCCGAGUUCAUCAAGCUAAGGGAUCCUACCGGGCAGGUGACCUUCAAGCAUGGUGACAAGACCCUUGUUGAUUCAAGGGCGAUAUGCCGGUACCUGUGCACCCAGUUCCCGGAGGACGGCAACCGCGGGAUCUACGGCACGGGGUCGCUGGAGCGGGCGUCCAUAGAGCAGUGGCUGCAGGCAGAGGCCCAGAGCUUCGACGCGCCGAGCUCGGAGCUCGUCUUCCACCUGGCCUUCGCGCCGCAGCUCAACAUGCUCCCCGACGAGGCCCGCAUCGCGGAGAACGAGCGGAAGCUGCAGCAGAUGAUCGGAGUCUACGACGAGAUCCUCGCCAAAAACCAGUACCUCGCCGGCGACGAGUUCACGCUCGCCGACCUCUCCCACCUGCCGGCCUCCCACUACAUCGCCGGCUCCCAGCGGGGCCGGAAGCUCUUCACCUCCAAGAGGCACGUGGCCAGGUGGUACGACGCCAUCUCCAGCCGCCCCUCGUGGCAGCAGGUGGUCAAGAUGCAGCACGAGCACCCCGGCACCUUCGAGUGA